AUGACGUUGUCCACCACAUUCGCACCUCUGGCCCCCCCAGUAUUCGCACGGCCUAGACGACUGGCUCCGUCCCGUCUGCAAGCGGCGAAGGCCGAAUUUGAGCACAUGCUGCAAUUGGGCAUAAUUCGGCCGUCCGAGAGUCCAUGGGCGUCCCCUCUGCAUAUGGUGCCCAAGGCGACAUCAGACGACUGGCGACCCUGUGGUGACUAUCGCGCCCUCAACAAUGCGACCAUCCCGGAUCGUUAUCCCGUCCCUCAUCUUCAAGAUUUUGCUGGAGCUCUUUUCGGCAAAUCGGUUUUCUCGAAGAUUGACCUUGUUCGGGCCUUCCAUCAGAUUCCUGUCGCUCCUGAGGAUGUUCCCAAAACUGCCGUCACCACACCAUUCGGCCCUGACCUUUGA